AACGACAAGGCCAAAUUCCCCUAACUCUUCUUUUUUCCUUUUCCUUUUCCUUUUUUUCCCCUUCUCUUUCUGUAACUUUUUAUUCCGUUAAACUUUUUCUGAUCAAUGUCGGGAAACUGCUUUGCUUCAAAUUCCUUACCUUUCGAAGUCAUCGGAUUCGGGUCACCCAAUAGUCAAAUAGUUUACGCCACAAAUUUCUGUGUCGAAAGAUCGCGUCUUGAUUGAUUGUUUGUUACUUCUCCAUCAGGAAUGGGAGAAUCGACUCUUGUCGAAGAUGGUUACUUCAAGGCGAAUAAUAACGAUCGCUAUUUUUCUUCUUCUUCUUCUACUGCUGGUUCGCAGAGACAUGUUAGCUACAGCUGUGGUACGUGUGGGUAUGAGCUAAACCUAAGCUCUUCGAAUCGGAACACCUCAACUAUUGGUUCUAAAUAUGGAAAGUCUAUAAAGCGUGGCAUAAUCUCAUUUGUCUACAUUGACGAGAGCAGGUUUACCCUGGUGGAUGAGCUUCAAUGCAUACCCUACUUUUCCAAGAACUCUUGGGGUUUCUUCCGUCGGAGAACCAAGCUUCUUUGCCGCAAAUGUGGUAAUCAUAUUGGAACAGUUUAUAAAGAUAAAACUUCAGCUUAUCCACUUGUAUCGAAUGUAUCAGGUUCAUCUCCAAGCAACGAUGUUUCAAAUUCAUCACCAGGCAACGAUGUUUCAAGUUGUAGACAGUAUGAUAUCAGAAUCCGUUCAUUGCAGCCUUCGUCUUCUCAGAGUUCCGGCAUUCCGCUUUACUUGUGAUGUGCUGCAUAGUAAGAUUAUUAAGCUAUUUA